GCUAACAUAAAGAAAUUAAAAAACGUUCUACGCAUCAGUGAAAAAUCAUGCAAAAUCUAAUAGAUAUGCACUGAAUAAAUAAGAUAAUAUUGAAUGUAAACACAUUUCUUAUUGUGUUUAUUUUAUCUUAAAACGAUGAAUUUAUUUUAGAAAAAUGAGAUAUCUAAUCUAGAUUCUUUUAUGUUAUGAUUUUCACUAUAAAAGCGCAGUGGUUCAGUUAAUUACUCAGUACACAACAAUGAAAUACUUCGUCUUGGUUGUCCUUGCAAUUGCCCAAUGUGGCUUUGCCUACGAGAAAGGUUUCCAAUCCUUGUUGGAAAUCGAAAACAAUGAAGCCACUAUAUACGCCUUCGAGAACAAGAUCAACCAAACUCUGGAAUGCGUCAAGGGAAUCUUGUUGAACGGAGAUGAAGAACUGGGAUUCCCAUCUUUGGAUCCGUUGGUCGUCGACGCUGUUGAGAAGGAUCUCACAGAACUUGGAAUUCCUUCCGUCAGCGGACAUGUCUCUUUGAAGAACUUAAGGGUGGAGGGUAUUGCUGGAUGGAAGACUACUCACUUGAAAGUCACCGUGACCAUCAUCCCGAUGGGAGCUAAAGUGGAAAUUACCUUGCUUUUCCCCAAGGGUUCUCUUGUAGGUGAUUACGACAUCGACGCUCACUACGCUGAUACCAAUGUUAAGGGUGUUGGACAUGUCGAAGCCAGCCACGUCGACUUCCAAAUCGCUGUUAAAUUGCAAGCUACUCUGAAGAAGAUUGGAUUGAAGACCCUCACCAUCGUUCCAUCUUUGAAAGACGCCAAGCUUGAAUUGGGAGAGCUUUUGGUCAACGGUGAAGACAAGAGCGGAGUCAUCACCGACUUCGUUGCUAAGCUUCCAGCAGUAAUCAAGGAAAAGCAGAAGGAAAUUGGUGAGGCUUUGAGCAAAAAAAUCAUGGAUGCCAUCAACAACGCCCCGGAAGGCGGUUCUGGAGCUGGAUCAGUCAUCCUCGACAUCAUUAACAAGAAAUGCCCAUUCUAAAUAAGUCAUUAUAUACAAAACUAUAUAAAUUGUAAAUAAAAUAUAAAGAAUCAAUAAUU